UAUGUUUAAUUGGUAGAUUUUAUAAAAAGUAUAUUUUGCUUUUUAAAAUGGCUAAGCUAUCACUUAAGGGACACUGUACAUUAGCUUAUUUAAUUAGAAUAACUUUAGUUACUUACUCAUAUUUUCACGAUAAAACAUUCAGUGUUCCAUACACUGAUGUUGAUUAUACAGUGUUUACCGAUGCAGCGAGACACAUGGUACAAGGAUCAUCUCCCUUUGAACGAUCUACUUACCGCUACACACCCUUAUUAGCUUUGCUUUUAACACCGAAUAUCUUUUUGCACAAUAGUUUCGGGAAAGUCCUGUUUUCUUUCGUUGACAUUUUAGUAGGAAUUUUGAUACAUAAAAUUUUAUCAUUGCAGCAUACUAACGAGAACUUAAAGAGUAUUUGUACUUUGUUAUGGUUGUACAACCCUUUCGUAAUUAUAAUUUCAACCAGGGGAAAUGCAGAUUCCGUAGCCGUUCUUUUAGUUAUGUUAACCUUAUACACGUUUCUUCAAGACAAAUAUAUUCAAGCAGGCUUCUUACACGCUAUAUCAAUUCACUUUAGAUUAUAUCCUCUAAUUUUUAGUAUACCCAUGUAUUUUUCUCUUCGCAGCAAAAAUUACUUGAUGCCAAACAAAAAUCAGAUCAAGUUGGUACUUAGUUGCGUUUGUUUGACAAUUUUAUUAGCUGUUAUAAAUUACUAUUUCUAUGGUUACAAGUAUCUUUACGAGAGCUUCCUUUAUCACUUAACGCGCAAGGACACGAAACAUAACUUCUCGGUUUAUUUUUACAUGUUAUAUUUAUCGGCGAAUCAACCAUCGAGUAUAAUUCAAAAAACCCUUACGUUUCUGCCUCAGUUAUUAUUGCUAUUGUUAUUGUCGUACAAAUACUCGGACAAGUCUCAAUUACCAUUUGCAAUGUUCACGCAAGCUAUGGUGGUGGUAACAUACAAUCCAGUGUUAACAUCUCAGUACUUCUUCUGGUACUUAUCGCUUUUACCAUUGUGUCUCCCGCAUUUUGGAUUAAGCAUUCGUAGAUCACUAUGUUUAUGUUUUAUUUGGAUCUUCAGCCAAGCUCUGUGGUUAUUGGCCGCUUAUCUACUGGAAUUUAAAGGAAUGAAUACUUUCACGUAUAUCUGGAUUGCUAGUUUAUUAUUCUUUGUGGUUAAUGUUAAAAUUUUGAACGAUAUUAUCGUAUACUACAAAUGUUAAAAAAUUGUAGAAGUAAAUUGUUAGUAACAUUUUAUGUUAUUUAUCCGAAUUAAAAGCGUAUUGUAACCAUUAUCGAAAGAAUGCAUGAAUAAAGUUUGUGAAGAA